CCUUCCAGCCUCUGGCACUCCCUUCUCAGCCACAACUCCAGUUGCUUGGAAGUUACAAGGCGUUCAGAGGCAGCAACCGAACACACACCCACAGACAUGGGAUCCUUGGGCCCUGCCGUGAGCGUGAGCAUGGCCAAGGCCGUCGGCGGCCAGCAGCAGCAGCAGCCGGAGCGCGGCACGUUCAGCUGCGGCUUCCGGAUGCCGCUGCAUUACCCGCGGUACAGGAAGACGGACUACGAGGAGAUGCCGGAGUGGCGCAUCGACUGCCUGCUCCGGGAGUACGGCCUCCCCGUCGCCGGCGACGUCGAGGACAAGAGGAGGUUCGCCAUGGGCGCCUUCCUCUGGCCCAGCCAGUAUUGACUCUCCUUCUUACAUCUCGCCACUCGGAGCAGAGGCCGGUCAGCGAGCCAGCGCCUGGCAGAGACUGACCAGCAAUGGCAGCAGCAACAUCACGUACAUCCCCAUGUAUGAAGAAGACCUCGUGAGGAUAUUUAUAUUCUUAUAUCUAUCAUCUAAUCGUAAUCUCCAAUUCUCCAUACAGAAUAUAUCAUGUUUCUUGGAGUAUAUAUAAGCAGUGGAAGAAGGUGUUGUUUCUGAUGUUCAUACGUGUAAUGUCGUGCUUUGUAGAGUAUGUACGUGCGACUUUGAUCCGUUUUGCUCCGCAGUUCUGCA